AUGGAGAUUUUUAGGGAGGCUCUUGAAGCAUGCAAGUUGAGUGAUGUCAAAACUCAAGGCCCAAGGUUCACAUGGUCUAAUAACAGACUAGAUGAAGGUUUUAACGAGAAAAGACUUGAUAGGGCAAUGGCAAGUCCUAGAUGGCACCAACGUUUUAGCAGUUCCAUUGUUUCUGUUUUACCAACUAUCAAAUCAGAUCACUGCCCACUUCAUUUAGUGCCUACUAGUUCCUCUAGUCUAGAUUUUGGACCCAAUUAUAGUAGUAGAAGGAAUUCUUUAUUCAAAUGGGAAUCUGCUUGGCACUCUUUUGAAGGAUGCUCUGACACCAUCAAGGAGGCAUGGAGAAGGACAAAUGAUGCAUUUAUCACUUUGAUUCCAAAGAUUAAACAACCCAAGAAGGUCACUGAUUACAGGCCCAUUAGCUUGUUUAAUGUGAUAUAUAAGAUUGUGUCUAAGGUCAUUGCUAACAAGCUAAAAAGAAUCCUUACUGUAAUUAUCUCUCCAAACCAGAGUGCCUUUGUGUCAGGUCGUAUGAUUACUGAUAAUGUCUUAGCAGCUUAUGAAACUCUUCACACCAUGAAUUCUAGAAUGCAUGGCAGGUCUGGUUUUAUGGUUCUUUAG